AUCAAUUAAUAAUCUACACAGUAAAUCAUCAAAAGACUAUGUCCGCUAUUGUGGCAGGGGAGAUUUCUUCUGGGAACUAUUUUUCAACACCACAGCACUACAAGACCCGUCAGGCAGCUCGAGGCAUUGGACUUCCGGUUCCGGUUCCGGGUCACGUGGUUAAAAACUGAAAUGUUUUGGUCUGGAAGUCUCUCCCCGCGUUAGCCAGUUUAUUUGUAACAAGCCGUUUGUGUUCGUGUCACUUUACACCCGUUGGCGGGGAAGAUGGAUGCUUUGCAGAGACACCGCUCACUUUAUAAAGGAACUACUCCGCCAUGGAAAGAAACGUACCGCAAGCGAUGUGUGGACCGACUGCAAAACAGCCGCAAGAGGCUGCUGGAGCGAUAUCGGCAGCUGGGAGAGAGUCCGCAGCGGAGCGGGCCCGGGGCCUCCAUCAUCGUCCAGGAGGUGAUGGAGGAGGAGUGGACCGCCCUGCGAUCCGAGGACCGGAGACUACCCUCGCUGUGGGGCCCAGAGGGCAUGGCAGAGAUGUUCAGUGUCACAAAGGAGUACGAUGAGCUAUCAGUACUGGAGGAGAUCCAACAGGAGCUCGUGUCUCACGAAGUGUCAAUUAUUGAAGAAUAUGAGAGGAACCUGCUGUUUGAGCAGCAGUACAUAUCGUCUGUUGUGGAGGGGAUGGAGGACUCGUACAUUAUUUGCCCCAUUUGUCACAUGAACCACCUGAACAUCAACAGCCAUUUUAUCUCCUGCAUCUGUGGACUGUACAUUAAUACUAAGAAACGGAACGUCUCCCCCGAUGCCCUGAGGAGUCUCCUGGAGUCCAGAGUGUCGGAGCACAUGGAGGACUGUUCCCACAACCCUGUUUUCUCCGUAGCUCCGGACACCGACUGCUCUCCCAACCUGAUGAUAAGCUGCAAUGUUUGUGACUACUUGUCCGUCGUCCUUUGACCGCAGAUGCGGCUUUCACAAGUGACCUGACUUGUGAAAUCUGAUUUUUAUUGCUGCGUUUGCUCUGUUUUUGUGAAAUAAAGACUAUUUAUUUUA